AUGUGAUCCGAGUGAUUCCGUGUUGUGGUUUCUCAUUCUCAUGUGGUAUAUCACAUCUGAAAAUACCUCUUCUUAUAUAUAAUCGUGUGAUAUGACAAUUUAUCGUCGUGAUUGGUUCUCACAUACCACGAGUUUUAGGGAGGAGACAGGGUGUGUUUUCUGAGUGACACAGGUCUCACUCUUCUUGAUAUGGCUUCAGAAAUCACCUAUGCAGAAGUGAAGUUCAAGAAUGAAUCCAAGUUCUCAGGCGCCUACUCAGAUUCUGCUACAGCUCCCAAAGUGAAGCCCACCCCUCAUCUAAGUAAGCCUGGCCGCCCCUCGCUGCUCUUCACAUCACUGAUGGCACUUUUCCUGCUGUUGGCCAUCGCAUUCUUGGCUGCUUUUAUCUUUUAUUUUCAAAAAUAUUCUCAACUUCUUGAAGAAAAAAAAGCUGUAAAUUUAACUCACAAAGUUAUAACUCACAAAGAAUUGAACUGCAAAAAAGACAAUCCACCCACAUCUGACAAAGUCUGGAACUGUUGCCCAAAGAAUUGGAAGCCAUUUAGUUCCCACUGCUACUUCACUGUGAGUGACUCAGCAUCUUGGAGUGGGAGUGAGGAAAAGUGCUCCAGGAUGGGUGCUCAUCUGAUGGUGAUCCACAGCCAGGAAGAGCAGGAUUUCAUCACCAAGAUCCUGGAUCCUAAAGCUGCUUAUUAUAUUGGCCUUUCGGAUGCAGGUCACCUACAGUGGCGAUGGGUUGAUCAGACACCAUACAAUGAAAAUGCCACGUUCUGGCACCGAGGUGAGCCCAACUAUGACCAUGAACAAUGUGUUACAGUAAAGCAUCGAUAUUCUGGUUGGGGCUGGAAUGAUGUCACUUGCAGUGUUAAACAGAAGUCAGUUUGUCAGGUGAAGAAAAUAUACUUAUGAAUCAAGCCUUUUUCAUGGACAUGGAUUGCAUUUUUAUCCAGCAUUAUACAGAUACCUGAAAAAAUCUUCUUGUGGAAGAGAUGUCCAUAGAAUUUUAGGUAGGCAGCCAACAGUUAUCCAUAUGUUAAUACUGAUCUCCAAAUACACUUAUUUAUUCAUCUUUUACUCAUUAUAUAAUGAGAAUUUCCCAUAUUCUAGAGACUCUACAGGAUCCCUUUGUGCAUAUGUGGAAGCACUCCAGCCUCUGUGUCCUUUCUUGGAUUCCUAAGGUCUUAUUUGAUGGUAGAGUUGUAUGGUGUGGUCCCUCUAGUCACUUCCCUGUCUCUUUGUUCCACUGUCUUUGGAUUUAUUGAUGUA